AUGUCGCAAGAGGAGGCCAGCAGCAUAUCUCGCAAGGAGAAGAAGGCCAAGCGUGAUGCUGAGAGAGCGCAGCAAAAGGGCAAGAAGCGGAAGCAUCGCGAAAUCCCAGAACCCGAUGCUCUUCCCAAGCAGGACGACGACGACGUUGGGGUGGAAGAAGUGGCAGCAGAGGGUGUGAAGAGUGCAACGAAAGCGUCGAAGAAGCGCAAAGCCGGCGACACCUUCGAAGAUGCCACCGCAGAUCCCACUCUCGCCGUCACCACCUCCGCCUCCACCGACAAAGACGACGACGACAACACACAACCGAAAAAGAAGCGCCGGAAAUCCAAAAAGACAGCCGCCACCACCACAAUCACCGACGAGGAUGGCAACACCACCACAGGUCCACCGAAGAAGUCGCGCUUCAUUGUCUUCGUCGGUAAUCUGCCCUACAAAACCACAGACUCCAGUCUCCAAAAGCACUUUGCAAAGCUCCAGCCCUUCACCCUCCGCCAUCGAACAGACCCCAAGACGAACAAGUCUAAAGGCUUCGCAUUCCUCGAAUUCGAGAACUAUGAUCGGAUGAAGACAUGUCUCAAAAUUUACCAUCAUACUAUGUUCGACCCCGAGGCAAUUGACAGCGGGAAAGUGGAAGGAGGGCCGGAUGCUGGUGCCAUGCCGUCGGGGACGGGAGCGAAUAGUCACGGGGAUAACGUGAAUGGUUUCCACCCCGAGAGACAACGUCAGAUCAGGGGAAGACAGAAAGAGACGGCAAGAAAGAUCAAUGUGGAGUUGACGGUCGGAGGGGGUGGUGGUAAGAGCGAUGAGCGUAAGGAGAAGAUCAAAGAGAAGAACGAGCGAUUGAAUGAGCAGAGGGAGAGGAGGGCGGAGCUGGAGAAGAAGGAGUUGGCGAAGAAAGCGGCGAAGGAGGGCGGAGCGAAGAAGAUCAAGAAGACGGGUGCGAAUGCGGAUGUUGUGGUUCAAGAGGAAAAUAUCAGACCGGAGAAGGCGAAGGUAGAGGACGGAGCAAUACAUCCUGCAAGGUUGGCUAUGAUGGGACGAUAGCGACAUGGACACGUUCUGGUCGUGGAGGACACAGAUUUACCCCGUACAAACAAGUCAUCAUCGACGGCCGGUCCAUCUCACGCCUGGCCGCGCAUUGCAUUGCACUGUCCCGGCGACUGUGCGAAAUAUGGUAUUCGGGCAAAAGUUUUGGCCGGAGAAGGUGCUGGUCGUGGUGCUUCAGAAUUCCGCGGUAUGUAUAGAAGAGGUGCACACGAGCAAUCAUCAUCAUGAAAGAUGAACGAAGGACGAUUUUGAAGCCAUCUUCAGGACUCUGCAGUGGCAGCAGCUGAGCCGGGUCAUCAGAUCUGACGCAUCAAGUUGAUCAGGCCUGCUGCAGAGGCACGACAGUGAUGAAACGAUCCAUGGUUGCAGAUGAAGGAAAGGAUCUCUAUUACUCGAGACUAGGUGACGAGGCUGCGCACACACCUACAUGUAUUGUGCCACGAGCGCUUCCAAUUCCUCCGGUGUCUUCUCUUUGAUUCCCAACAAUUCGUUGUCGGUCUUAUCACUCCAGUUGUUCCCAUACUCGGAAUUGAAGAUACUGACAGCCACGAAGCUCAGCAUGGACGAGAAAUCGCCCUUCCCCAGCUUUUCAUACGCAUCUUUCUCCACUUCCUUCGAACUGACCUCCACUCUCUCCACCUUCAACUCGGGAUUCUUCUUCAACGCAAUCUCCAACAACUGAUUCUGACUGACCGCCGCACUCUGCACAUAGACGGCGCGGUUCUUGAACGCUUCUGGCUUCUUCAAAAUCGCAGCCACCGUCUUCCCGACAUCCGCCAACGUCGUCGAACUGUGUUUAUCAUUUCCUCCAUCAUAAAUCUGCGUCGGCCCACCCUUCACAUUCGCCCAGAAGCCCACCAUCAGUCCCCAAUCCAGAAACAGCCCAUUCACCACGAUUGCAUAACUGAUCUUAUCCUCCUUGGCCUUCAAAUACUCCUGCGUCUUCUUCUUGCCAGCAAACACAGGAAGCGCAGCAACUUGUGGACUCCCCGCAAUAUCCGAGCCGAAUUCACUCGGGACGAAGAAUUUGACUCCUGCUGCAAUGGCAGCGUCAAUGAGAGCUGGUUGCUCCUCGUGUUUUGGUAUCAGCGAAACUACGGCAUCUUGGCCCUUGAGGGCUUGUACGAGAGAAUCUUGCGAGCUGUAGUCGACUUUGAUGGUCUGCACUGAGGAAGGUAGGUGCGAGGUUUUGCCGCUUUGGGAGAGCGCUGUGAUGGUGAAACCUGCGUUGACGAGUUCUUGGACGACAGACGGUCCAAGGUUGCCUGUGGAGCCGGCAAUGGCGAUUCUUUGGUAGGCCAUUGGGGGAGAGGGGGAGUGAGAGGUAUUCAGGUAAGGUCUUGAGAGAGAGAGGUUUCGUCGUUGGUUCUGUCACAAUUAAUGCAGAACAGUCUUCUCCUUGUUGAUUUAUCCUGAGGAUGCUAGUUGAUCUGUCGUGUAAUCUUUUCUUGAUUAUUGAUCAUAAAAGUCCAGAAUGUUCCGUCUUCCGCCCUAUGAUGGAGCGAUGUUGACUGCCGAGCUCUCUCG